AUGCGACAAGCACGUGGCACAAUGGACACGCCAAUCGCCGCUGGCGAAUUGUCCUGGCAAAGCGUCUACUGGUCCCUCUUCAGUCUCGCUCUCAACACAAUGGCCCAACCAUGCGGAAGCGUGUGCGGCUUUCGACCUUCACUGAGCAUAUAUUUAAAGAGCUCGCCGGUUGUUUGUAUCUUCGACACCGUCGCUCUUCUCACUCGAUUCAUCAUGUACGCAUUUCGAAGUCGAUCACUUAGUCGCGCUGCUCGACUCGUUCGGAAGGCACGGAGAUACGGCCCUGAGAAUAUCCUCGAAGAGCACAAGGGUUUCGAAUGCCCUUUAAUCUUCCGCUUUGGUGUUUUUGUUGUCGGUAUUAUCUAUUCGUUUAGCAAGCUAUUAGUAUCGUCUGGAAUCCCGUGGUCGAAGACAUGGGCCUGUUGUUAUUUUGUAUCUUUCCUCACCUGGUUCUUACUGGGCCUCCUAGCGAAUUCCCCUACAGAGGAUCCAACCUUGCCUGGAAGCGACCAGCUAGACGACGUCCUCCAUCGACUGGAUAAGUGCUUAGGCUAUAUCGCCGUCUUUCUACAGUAUAUUAUUCUGGCAUUCGUUGAUCCUGCCGCAUACGAACCAGAUCCGGACCUUGUCGAGCGGUACAAAUAUCAUGGAUUUCGGUUGGGAGGACAUGUAGUCGCCUUUUUCGUUCAUUUCAUUUGCGCGUCGAGUGAAAGGCAGAGGCUUAAACUUUCAAUCGGCUCACAGAAGAUAAUCAUCCACGUACUAGCUUUACUUAUUUUCUGUGCCCUCACCACUCUACACCGGUUCGCUCUUAUGUACACACUGUACUGCUUUCUUUACUCUAUCAUUAUCGCCAUUGUCUCUUGGCUCCUGUUUCAGAUUUCGGCAACCCGAAAGCUUGUCUGCCUUUCUGGCGUGGAGGACUAUAAGAAUGUUCUCGCAUUUGACUUCUUUUGGCGAGUGUUCUGCCUUUCGCUGUACUGGUAUCUCAUGUGCUAUCGUUAUUCUGGAACUUCCAAGCCAGCCUGGGCAGAGUUUUUUGGAUGA